AUGAUUGAUAGAGCAGAUGAUGUGAAUGAGGAAUAUGUUAUGAUGGCGCCUACUUAUCCAGAUGGAAAUGUAUUUGAGUAUGAGGAGAUAAAUACGGAACCUGCUAAGUACAGAGUUCCUACAAAUCGACCGGUGAGGAUAUACUGUGACGGAGUGUAUGAUUUGUUUCAUUAUGGACAUGCAAGAAGUCUCAAGCAGGCCAAGAAUUUGUUUCCAAAUGUUCACUUGGUUGUUGGGGUGACAGAUGAUGACAUAACAGUAAGGCUGAAAGGAAAUCUCGUGAUGAAUGAGAAUGAGCGUGCGGAAGGAUUAUACCAUUGUAGAUAUGUGGAUGAGGUGAUAACAAGUGCACCCUGGGUUCUUACCAUGGACUUUUUAAAGAAGCACAAGAUUGACUUUGUUGCACAUGAUGAUGUUCCAUACAAGGGAGAGGGGAUGGACGACAUAUAUAAGUUUGUGAAGGAUCAAGGAAUGUUUUUGCCGACCAGAAGGACACUUGGGGUGAGCACAAGCGGAAUCAUAGCAAACAUAGUACGAAACUAUGACAUGUAUGUGCGAAGGAAUCUUGAAAGAGGGAUGUCUGCAAAAGAGCUGAAUGUUUCGUAUCUGCAGGUAAAAAGAAUGAGGAUGAGUAAGAAGAUGGAUGAGAUAAUCAAGAAUGUUGAUAUACAGAAGGAGCUUGAUGACAUCAGGUGGGAGAUCAAGAUUGCAAUGAAGUAUUGGGAGAAGAUAUCAAAUGAAGUCAUUUCUGGGUUUAUUGACAGCUUUUACCAUAACAAGACAUCGAACAAGUUUCUUAAUCGCUUGGUUGGGUUUGUGAAGCACAAGAAGACUUGCCCUGCUGUUUCGUAA